CACGAACGGUAGAAAAACACUCGCAUGCGUGAGGGCAGAGCUUCCCCUUACCCUGAUCACACGCCCCACACCAGACGCCACCAACCCAUGCAAACACAUCCAAACAGAAGCCACAUCUUUGGCGCGUGAAUACAGACUCACAUGCACGCACUGACAGGACUGUGCUGCUUAUCUGCGACAGGAAGGUUUGCUGGUGACCCCGUUUGCCACUGUAACGCUCGAGGAGGAGAGAGUGUCUGUGCGUCAGCCGGCUGUUUACAGACACGUAUGAAGCUGCUGGAGUAUGCGGACGCUGGUGGUCACUCCUGGCUCUGAACACCCCCCUUCCAUCCAUCCUGAUCAUUAAGGGAGAUGACAGAGGAGCUCAAGGUGUUCAGUGACUGUGGGUUACAAGAUGCAGGACUGAUCAGGGGAAAGAGUUGUUGAGUUAUGCCACCCGUGUCUGUGUUGGAGAGGAAAUGACUGGGAAUAUAUCUGGAGUGUGGGACAAGUCCCAGACCAACUCCUCCUUACAAUGUGGACACAACAUGAUAAGCUGGAAUGAGCACAUGGAGAAGAUGUACACCUACGUCUACCUGCUGGUCUUCAUCCCGGGGCUGGUGCUCAACACCACUGCUCUCUGGGUCCUCUGCAGACACAUCAGUAAGAAGACCAAGGCGGUGAUCUUCAUGAUGAACCUGUCAUUGGCAGACCUGGCCCACGUCCUGUCUCUGCCCCUCCGGAUUUAUUAUUACUUCACACACACCUGGCCCUUUGGACGAGGCGUCUGCUUGUUCUGCUUCUACCUCAAAUACCUCAACAUGUACGCCGCCAUAGUGUUCCUGGUGUGUAUCAGCAUGCAGAGGUGCGUCUUCUUGCUCAACCCGUUUUCCGCCCGCCGCUGGAGGCGGCGCUAUGACCUGUUGAUCAGUGUCAUAGUGUGGGUGGUGGUCGGUCUGGCCUGCUCGCCUUUCAUCUUGAUGCGGAGCAGCAGCAGCUCCACCAUCAGCACCGGCCCCGGCGUCAGCACGCAGACCGUCUACAACAUGUCCUAUCGUCUGGACGCCACUUCUACCCAACAUGUCCUGGGCUACACCACUUCACCCUCGUCUCUGAGCCCCAGCAGCUCCAGUCCCGGCUCUUCCAAAGACACCUGUUUCAAGGACUUGCCCAUGCGUCGUCUGUCGCUCUCCAUGGCAGUCACCAUGAUGGCUUUCGCUGAGCUGUUUGGUUUCUUAAUUCCUUUGGCCUGCAUCAGUUUUAGCUCCAUCCGCAUUGCCCGCUCUCUCAUCCGGAGACAGACCCAAGAUCAAUCAAAAACGGCCGAACUCAACUCGUCAGCACGCAGCCGACUCCAGUCCGUCACCUCCAACAGUCAGACAGAUAAAUAUCACGAAAAGCAGAUGCACGCUGAGAAGAGGCGUGCUCUACGGCUGGUGCUGAGCUGCUUUGCCCUCUUCCUGAUCUGCUUUGCCCCCUACCACCUCAACUUCGUGCUCUACCUGAUGGUGUCGCAGGACAUAGUGUCCGACUGCGCGACCAGGCUGGCCGUGCAUCGGUUCCACCCGAUAUCUCUGUGUCUGGCGAACCUGAGCUGCUGCCUCAACCCCCUGCUUUAUUACUUUGUGACAGCCGAGUUCAGACUGCACCUGACCAGGCGCACCUCCUCCUUCACCGCCUCGCUGCUCUCCUCCCCGAACACCCAGCGGCCCGCGCCGAGCCGACUGAUGAGCAUGGAGAGUAGCUGCUCUGGAAAGGACUGCCAGUACUCGGAGGCAAAAUAGUUUCUGUCCUCAAGGAUGUCAGCUGAACAGAUGCAGUGCAUCAAGUUGAACUUGUAAACAAGACUGACGACAUCCAACUUGGACAACGAAUACAAACUGACCAGAAGAGCUUUGACCUUAAAUGUGAACAAUCUCCUACAGGACAUCGCUUUAGGACAAACAAAUCUUCAAUCAGCAACUGUAAUGAUGUCUAUGCUUCGUAAUAAGUGUGAGUCACCUUGAGUACAUAAGCUACAGCUAGUUGUUUCUCUCCGGGUAAAAAGGUAACAACUUUAAAUAAGCUAUGUCAUUUAUGUUAAAAGCUGUAUGUAAAUGUCCUGUAAAUAAAAGCGCUGCCUGCCUCUA